CCUAUUAUACCGUCAGCCUUGACGUGCAAAAUUUUCCUUUUCCUUUUCGAUUAUACGAUUUAGAGACACUGUAGGACCCAUUUUUGGUGACUAUCCUCCUCUCAUUGGAGCGAUAAAUACCGAGUUAAAUUAUCUCGGAUCCGUGAACAACCUGAGAGGAGAUCGCAUUCAAAUGUUCCCAAAUUUAUUUGUCGAAGAAUUUGAUGGCAACUGCAAUUUCUUCCAUAUUAAGCUCAAGAAUGAACGGAAUGUAGGCUUAAAGCAAGAAGCAGAUGUGAGGACUUUGAAUUCAGUGCAGCCUGCAGAUCUGAGAGCAGCAGAGACUGUCCAGUCAUUCCCAGAAAUCAAGCAAGAAAUGGAGAGAGGGACACUUGAUCAUCACCAGACCACAUAUAGGAGUGUAGCAGAAAGUGUCCAUUUAGUCCCAGAAGAUAUGAUCAAGCAAGUAGCAGAGAGAGGGGCAUCAAAUCCUCUCAGAACAACGGAUAGGAGUGCAGCAGAAAGUGCCCAUUUAGUCCCAGAAGAUAUGAUCAAGCAAGUAGCAGAGAGAGGGGCAUCAAAUCCUCUCAGAACAAUGGAUAGGAGUGCUGCAGAAGGUGUUCAGUCAGUCCCAGAAGAUAAUGUCAAGCAAGAAGUUCAGAGUAGGACCUUGAGUUCACUGCAUUUUACAGAUAUGUGCAUAGAAACAGCCCUAGGACAUACUAACAGGCAAGAAAUGGAAAGUAAGACCUCCAACUCUCUGCGACAUACUGAACAGAGUGUAGAUGAAUCUGCCCCAUCAGUCCCAGAACACAUUAUGCAAAAAGCAGAGAGUUGGACUUUACAUACUUUGCCAACUCCAAAUAGGAGCUCAACAGAAACAAUUCAAUUUGUUGAAGGAGUUCUCAUCAAGCAAGAGGUUGAUAGCAAUGCCGUUCAUUACCUGUCACCCAUGAAUGAAUUCAUUCCAUCAGUCAUAAAAAUUCUCAUCAAGAAAGAAGCAGAGGCCUUUCCAACCACAUGUGGGAGUGGAGAGGAAAUCGAUCAGUUAGCCCUCAAAACCAACAUCAAGCAAGAACUUACAGGAGAAAGUGAAGAGGAAGGUGUUCCAUCAAGUCUAGAAGGUAAAAUCAAUCAUGAAGUGGGUAGUACAACCCAUGAUCCUGUGUCAAGUACUGAUGGAGACAAGGAAUCUGAACAACCUACAUCAGAAGGUGAUAUUGUUGACAAUGGACAAGAGACAGUAGAUCGUGGAAUGUCAAUCAACAGUGGAGGUGGUAUUGUUGACAACGGACAAGAGACGGUAGAAAGUGGAAUGUCAAUCAACAGUGGAGGUAAAUCUCAUCUUUGUUCACAUUGCGGCAAGGUGUCUUCCAAAACACAUCGAUCCGACAUUCACUUGAGGAUACAUUCUGGAGAAAAGCUACAUCAGUGUCCAUGUUGCAGUAAGAGAUCAUGUCAGGCCAUUCAUCCCCUUCUCCACUUGAGAUCACAUGCAGGAGAAAAGCCAUAUGACUGUUGCUAUUGUGAUAUUGUUGAGACGGUAGAACGUGGAAUGUCAAUCAACAGUGGAGGUACAUCUCAUCUUUGUUCACAUUGCGGUAAGGUGUUUUCCACAAAAGAUCAACUCGAAAUUCAUCUGAGGAUACAUUUGGGAGAAAAGCUACAUCAGUGUCCAUGUUGCGGUAAGAGAUCAUGUCAGGCCAGUCAUCCCCUUCUCCACUUGAAAUCACAUACAGGAGAAAAGCCAUAUGAAUGUUCGCACUGUAUGAAAGGAUUUUCACGGAAAAGUGCACUCAAUCGUCAUAUACUAACACAUAUAGGAGAAAAGCCAUAUGAAUGUUCACACUGUAAUAUAGGGUAUUCUCAGAAAAUAAGUCUCACCCAACACCUCCUAACACACACAACAGAAAAGCCAUACGAAUGUUGCUAUUGUAAGAGAAGGUUUCCUCAGAAAAGUGCACUCAAUAUUCAUUUACUAACACACACAGGAGAAAAGCCAUAUGAAUGUUCACACUGUAAUAAAGGAUUUUCUCGGAAAAGUACACUCAAUUGUCAUAUACUAGCACAUACAGGAGAAAAGCCAUAUGAAUGUUGCUAUUGUAAAAAAGGAUUUUCUGAGAAAAGUACUCUUCACCGCCAUCUCCGAACACACACAGGAGAAAAGCCGUAUGAAUGUUGCUAUUGUGAGAAAAGAUUUUCUCAGAAGAGCGUACUCAAUUGUCAUUUACUAACACACACAGGCGAAAAGCCAUAUGAAUGUUCACACUGUAGUAAAGGAUUUUCUGAGAAAAGAAGUCUCACCCAGCACCUCCGAAUACACACAGGAGAAAAGCCAUAUGAAUGUUCACACUGUAAUAAAGGGUAUUCUCAGAAAAUAAGUCUCACCGAACACCUCCUAACACAUACAGGAGAAAAGCCAUAUAAAUGUGGCUUUUGUAAGAAAGGAUUUUCUCGGAAAUAUGUACUCAAUCAACAUAUACUAAUACAUACAGGCGAAAAGCCAUAUGAAUGUUCACACUGUAAUAGAAGGUUUUCUCAGAAAAGCCAUCUCGCCAAGCACCUCCGAACACAUACAGGAGAAAAGCCAUAUAAAUGUGGCUUUUGUAAGAAAGGAUUUUCUCGGAAAUAUGUACUCAAUCAACAUAUACUAAUACAUACAGGCGAAAAGCCGUAUGAAUGUUCUUACUGUAAGAAAGGAUUCUCUCAGAAAAGCCUCCUCAAUCGUCAUUUACUAACACACACAGGAGAAAAGCCAUAUGAAUGUUGCUAUUGUAUGAGAGGAUUUUCGCGGAAAAGUGCACUCAAUCAACAUAUACUAAUACAUACAGGAGAAAAGCCACAUGAAUGUUCUUACUGUAAGAAAGGAUUUUCGCGGAAAAGUGCACUCAAUCGUCACGUACUAACACACACAGGAGAAAACCAUAUGAAUGUUCAGUAUUGUUCACACUGUAAGAAAACAUUUUUGAUGAAAAGUGUACUCAAUAUAGUAACAAAUACAGUAUAAACACAUAUAGUAGAAAAGCCAUAUACUGUAAAUGCACCGAAUGUGAGAAAAGAUUUUAUCAGAAAAACAAUUUCAUUGAGCACGUACAAAGACACAGUUCACACUGUAAGAAAGGGUUUUCUCUGAAAAGCGUUCUUUAAGGCAUCGUUUAACAAUGUUAAAUCUGAGAUGCAUGGCCCUAAGCGUUAUCAGUGUCUGUGAUAUGAUGUGAAAUUGAUGCCCUAAAAUUAUUGGGCUUCAAAGUGAUCGAGAAGUGCCUCAAAAAAGUAAUCAUCUUUGAGUGACGGGUUUUACCAUACUCAUUUUCCCCAAUAGACUAGUAUAUAAAAAAACAUUAGGAAAACGUUUUUUGAAACUUGGAUUUCCAAUCAUAAAUGUCUUGAUGAUCAGACAGGCAAUCGGCUUGUAAAAGUCAUGGUGUCUGCGCGGUGCCACGUUAAGGGGUUUAAAAAACAUCAAUUUUCAAGAAAAAGAGUACUUUUUCAAAAUCCUGCUGUAUGCGUUUAGGGAUAUUUUUCUAGACCCCGACUCCGACUUGCUGCUUGCCUACCGGUAACUUUGUACAUGUGUUCCUCAGGUAUUACCGGGCUAUACAUUUAUAUUUUGUUUUGAAUAGUAGAAUAGUAGCUGUUCAUUGUAUAUUGUGUACUUUUUGUAUACAAUACAUGUACGUAUUUAUAUAAUAUAGAUCAAAUUUGAAAUGUACCAGUACUUCUUUUUUUCAAAGAAAGGACUUAUGAUGGGCUGAUGGCUGUGCAUUAAACCCAUUUGGAAGUGUACAGGUUAUUGUUAUUGCUUCUCUAUUUAAAUACAUUUUUAUAUUGUGAAUUUUACAUAAAAAGUGCAGUUUGAUUUAUUUUAUAUGAUUGUCAACAACUUAAAUGGUAAUCCCUAUCGCACUUCAAAACGCUCACUCGAGGGGUUACAAGUUUGCAAUACUUGUUUAGGAGUAAACUUUUGUCAAAAACCUGUUAAGGGUGUGUAUUUUGGCUUGAGAAGAAAUCCUUGUUUAGGAGGUACGUGUCCGGAAAACCUGUGGUGACGCAUGCUUACAGUAUUUCUACAUGACUGAGACCCCUGGGAUAACAUAAAACCCUGUGUAUAUAGCGUCCGCAGGGAACCCAAGUUGUACUUGGGUACCAUGUGCGCCCUAUUCUAUGAGAGUGUUCUAUGUCUGUUUUAAAGGCCGUCUGUAUUAGUUUAGCUAGGAGGGAUUAAACCAACUAGGGUGGUCACUGACAGGUGGCUAUCUCAUCAA